AUGAAACCUCAACAACUUGAAUUCGAUAUACUCGGUUUUGCAUUCGAACAUACAAAAGAAAAACGUCGUAUUAUUGAAUCACCUAAUAUUGAACCAGCUAAUACGACUUCAUCAUGUAAUUAUCUUGGAUCGUUCAAAGCCAAUACCAUUAUUUGUGGGGAAGUGACAACAUCAACUCUCACUUUCAACAACAAUGAUUUCUUAUUACUUGAAAUGAAUAUUUCUUCGAAUUCAUCUAAUCCACAAACAACACAAGCAACAUUCAAACUUUUAAAUAAACUUAUUCAACUUGAACAUUGUAUGGCUUUUAUUCUAAAAUAUUACAAAAAUAUAACACUUGAACAGAUAAUAGCUGUUUUAUUUGGUCGGUUUGUCGAUGCCCAUCGUCAUCGAACACCUGAACAAUUCUAUGACAUGAUUCAAGAAUUAACAAAUAAACAACGUCAUAUUGAUCGUGAUCAUGCUGAUAAAAUUCAACGUUACGAAAAUGAAUUAAAAUCUGUUCAUCUUCGUUGUGAAUCAAGUAUUGAUUUUUUACAUAAAGAAAAUGAUAUAUUAAAAAAUAAAUCAACCAAAACAAUAGAUGAUUUAGAAAACAAAUUAUCAAAAAUAACAGAACAUUUUCAUAAUGUUGAAAAAUCAUUUGAACAAAAAUUAAAUGAACAACAAAUAAUCUAUCAUAAUAAUAUAAAACAAUAUGAAAAUGAUUAUGAAAAAAGACUUCAAAUAUUAAAACAAGAAUUAAAAGAACAAAAUAAUAAAUCUCUUUUAUCUAUUCAACAUAAUCAACAAAUACAAAAUGAAUUACGACAACAAAAACAUCAAAUUAAAAUUGAUUUAGAAAAUCAAAUUCAAGAAAUUAAUAAUAAAACACGUGAAAAUGAACAAAUAUUAAUCAAUAAAUUAAAACAUGAAUAUGAACAAGCGAAUCAACAAGAUCAAGAAAAAUUACGUGAAAAUUUUAAUAAAGAAAUUGAUGAAAUCAAACGUAAAUAUGAACAAAUAAUAGAAAGAAAAGAUGAAAAAAUAAAGAAUGAUUUACAAAAAUUUAAUCAAUUAUCCGUUGAAACAAAACAUACACAUGAAAUUGAAAAACAACAGAUUAUCAAUGAAUAUGAACAAUUUAUUCAGAAACUUGAAAAUAAUUAUACACAAAAAGCUGAUGAAUAUGAAAAACGUAUUGAAGUAUUAAUUUCUAAAACACAUGAACAAUUAAAAACAAUGGAAGAUGAAUUUGAAGUACGUCAUGGUAAUCAACAAUUAAUUAUUAGUGAUCAACACAAAAUUAUUCAAGCAUAUAAAGAUGAAGAACAUCAUGCUAAAAUUGUGUAUGAAAAACAAUGUAAAAUGUUAAGUGAACAAUCUAUACGUGAAAAAAACGAAAUUAAAACGCAAUUUGAUAUAUGUAUGAAAAAUUUAGAAAAAAAUUUCAAUAUAUUAGCAUCAAAAAAAGAACAACUUGAACGUAAAUUAUCAUAUUUAAAAGAACAACAUAAACAUGAAAUGAUAGAGUGUCGUUUAUCAUAUGAAAAUAAUAUCAAAGGUCUUUUAUCAAAUGAUGUUCGUCUCGAUUUAGAAAAUACAAUACAGUCAUUAAAACAACAAGUUAUUUAUUUACAACAACGUACAGCUUUUCUUCAACAAGAACUUGAACAAUAUAUAGAAAUCUAUGGCCAUAGGCUAUCAUCUCAACAAUAA